GAUUGCUUGCGCAUUUAGACUUGUAGUCAUGAGUUCAACGUCUGAGCUAGCGUGCGUUUAUGCAUCACUGAUCCUGCAAGAUGAGGGCCUAGAGAUCUCGGCUACGAAUAUAAAUAAGCUGGUCAAGGCGGCUGAGGUAAGCGUUGAGCCAAUUUGGCCAACCCUGUUUGCCAAGAACAUGACUAGUGAAAGCAUUGAAGCACUAUUGACGAACGUUGGAUCUGGUGCCGCUGUUGCAUCGGGUGGUGGUGGCGCUGCUCCUGUGGGUGGAGGUGCUGCACCGGCGGCCGAAGAGAAAAAGGAAGAAAAGAAAGAGGAAUCAGAAGAAGAGUCCGACGAUGACAUGGGAUUUGGAUUGUUUGACUAGGACUCUUUUCCAGGGCAGAAAAUGGAUGGUUUCGUCUGACUCAAUUGAUUUGAUGCAAAUCAUUUUGGAUUUAGUGAAAUUGAAAGUUUUCUGUA